GUUGAGAAACCAGAGGCUGUGGCAACCUGGGGAGGGAGGGGCUAUCUGCAUGGCCUAGGGCCCUGGCAGCUGGCCACAGCCUGGCUGCUAUAAAGGGGAGCUGCCACUGAGCCCUGCAUAUCCUCUGUCAACUCUGUUUCGGGAAACUUGGUGGGGCAGAUCCUUGGGCGCCAUGCUGACGGAACUGGAGAGUGCCAUAAACUCCCUCAUUGAGGUUUACCACAAGUACUCCCUGGUGAAGGGGAAUUACCACGCCCUCUACAGAGAUGACUUGAAGAAAUUGUUAGAGACAGAGUGUCCUCAGUACAUGAAGAAAAAGGAUGCAGACACCUGGUUCCAAGAGUUGGAUAUCAAUAGCGAUGGUGCAAUUAACUUCGAGGAGUUCCUCAUAUUGGUGAUAAAGGUGGGCGUGGCCUCCCACAAAGACAUCCACAAGGAGUAGCAGAGCCCUGGGCCCCGGGGCUGUCCCUGCCGAAUAAUAAAGUAGUUGAUACCUCA